AUGUUUGGUUUGACAAGGCGAGGUGCUAUGAAUGAGGACAGGAUCAGUGAGUUGCCUGAGGCUUUGCUUCUGCAGAUAUUGUCUUUACUUGCAACAAAAGAUGCCAUAGCCACGAGUGUUUUGUCUAAAGGAUGGCGAUCUCUUUGGAAGAUGGUGCCGAGGCUCGAGUUUGUAUCUCCCAUUAAGAAAUUUGCAACGAACGUUGGCAGAUCUUUGCUUUUACAUCAAGCUCCGGUUCUAGAGAGUUUGCAUCUGAGAGUAAGAGAUUCAUGUGAUAUUGGAGAUAUCGGAGUACUGGCUGGAAUUGCAUUUGCACGCCAUGUGCGUGAGUUCGUACUAGAUGUUUUCUCUUACAAACUAGUCCCUUUUCCGAGUAGCUUGUUUUUCUCUGCUUCACUUGAGACUUUGAAACUCGAGAAUUUGAUUCAGCUGCAUGUUCCUUCUCCGGUUUCUAUGAAGUCCCUUAAAACUCUUCACCUUGUAUUCGUGACAUACAAAGACGAUGAAUCUUUUCGUAACCUUUUAUCUGGCUGCCCGAAUCUUGAAAACCUGGUCUUGUGUCGAGAUUUCCAUCUUGUUGAAGUUGGAAGGAGUUACACCAUUGUGGCGCCAUCUUUGAAGAGACUAUCCAUACACGAUUACAGUGAUGGAAGAUUCAAGGGUGGGCAAUUCACUUAUUUGUUGUUUAAGAUUAAGUUUCCUACCGGAGCUAUCUUUUAUCGGCUGGUAUAUCUAGAGAUGUAUACAAAUAAAGCGGAGUGGUGGAGAGUACUUGCGCUCAUGCUCGAUAGCUCUCCUAAAUUACAAGUUCUCAAGCUCGUUUAUAUUGACGAAAAUUUGCAUUAUGGUAGAACUAAGUGGCCUGUCAUGGAAAAGUGGAGGGAACCAGAGUAUGUCCCUGAAUGUUUGUUGUCCCAUCUCGAGAAAUUUGUGUGGACAAUAUAUAAUUGGGAUAGAGAAGAGGAGAUAGAAGUGGCUACUUACAUUCUAAGGAAUGCAAAACGUCUGAAGAAUGCAACGAUCUCCGCAAGACCCAUUCAAUACAAAGAGCUCAGCAAGUUGGAAGAGAGAUAUAAGAUGCUCAUGGAGUUGGAUGGUGUGGUUAGGGCAUCAAAUUCAUGCCACCUUGUGUUCGUUGAAUGA